AGUCACGUUACCGGGACCGGCUGGGCGCCGGGCGCAGGGCGCAGCCGAGCGGGGCGGCGACCACAGGUGCCCGCGGCCGGCCGGGGACCCACCCGACCCGGCCCGCACCCCGGCCCCAAACCCGAUUCUGGCCGCAAACCCGACCCCGACUUCCCUGGGUCCCGGCCCCGACCCUCUGGACCCUGGACCCUGGGCCCUGGACCUCGGACCCUGGCAGUGACCCCUGAUCCCGGACCCUGACUCCGAUCCUGGACCCCGACCUCAGACCCCGGCCCUGACCCUGAACCCCAGACCCCGGACUCUGACUCCCACUCCGGACGGGCCUUCCCGACAUGACGGGUCUGGAGGAGGACCAGGAGUUCGACUUUGAUUUCCUUUUCGAAUUUAACCAGAGCGACGAGGGCGCCGGGGUCGCCCCAGGGAGAACUUCGUCAUCAGCUCCGUGGAGUGUUCAUGGCGAGGUUUACCCUAUCAGGGCCUUCAUUUCAAAAUUUGUCUAAUUACGGAGAACUCAUGCUUAGAGCAUUACAGCUAUGUGUCCUCCAAUAUCAGUCCGGGCCUGUCCCUGCCCACGGCGCACCCCUCCCUGCCGGUGCAGUGCCACGACAUGCAGACGUCAGCCCCCGGCCUCUCCGCCGUGGCGGCCGCGAGCCACCCCUCGGGGUACGGAGCCGCUGUGGACGGCGGGCCCUCGGGCUACUUUCUGUCUUCCGGCCACGUCAGGCCCAACGGAGCCCCGGCCCUGGAGAGCCCCCGCAUUGAGAUAACGUCCUACCUGGGGCUGCACCACAACAACAACCAGUUUUUCCACGACGUGGAGGUGGAGGACGUCCUUCCCAACUCCAAACGCCCCCCUUCCACCGCCACCCUGAACCUGCCCAACCUGGAGGCCUACCGGGACCCCUCCUGCCUGAGCCCGGCCAGCAGCCUGUCCUCGCGCAGCUGCAACUCCGAGGCCUCGUCCUACGAGUCCAACUACUCGUACCCGUAUGCGUCCCCGCAGACGUCCCCUUGGCAAUCCCCCUGCGUGUCCCCCAAGACCACAGACCCUGAGGAGGGCUUUCCCCGAGGCCUGGGGGCCUGCAGCCUGCUGGGCUCCCCGAGACACUCCCCUUCCACCUCGCCCCGCGCGAGCAUCACAGAGGAGAGCUGGCUGGGGGCGCGCACCUCCCGGCCCUCGUCCCCCAGCAACAAGAGGAAGUACGGCCUCAAUGGCCGGCAGCUGUCCUGCUCCCCGCACCACUCGCCCACGCCGUCCCCGCACAGCUCGCCGCGGGUCAGCGUCACGGACGACACGUGGCUGGGCAACACCACGCAGUACACCAGCUCGGCCAUCGUCGCCGCCAUCAACGCCCUGAGCACCGACAGCAGCCUGGACCUGGGCGACGGCGUCCCCGUCAAGGCCCGCAAGACCGCCCUGGACCACUCUCCCUCGGUGGCGCUCAAGGUGGAGCCGGCGGGCGAGGACCUGGGCACCACGCCGCCCUCGUCUGACUUCCCGCCCGAGGAGUUCCCCCCCUUCCAGCACAUCCGGAAGGGCACCUUCUGCGACCAGUACCUGUCGGUGCCACAGCACCCGUACCCAUGGGCCCGGCCCAGGUCCCCCACGUCCUACGCCAGCCCGUCUCUCCCUGCCCUCGACUGGCAGCUGCCGUCGCACUCGGGGCCCUACGAGCUGAGGAUCGAGGUGCAGCCCAAGUCCCACCACAGAGCCCACUACGAGACGGAGGGCAGCCGGGGGGCCGUGAAGGCGUCGGCGGGGGGUCACCCCAGCGUGCAGCUCCACGGCUACCUGGAGAGCGAGCCCCUCACGCUGCAGCUGUUCAUUGGGACGGCGGACGACCGCCUGCUGCGGCCACACGCCUUCUACCAGGUCCACCGCAUCACGGGGAAGACCGUGUCCACCACCAGCCACGAGGCCGUCCUCUCCAACACCAAAGUCCUGGAGAUCCCGCUUCUGCCAGAAAACAACAUGAGAGCCAUCAUCGACUGCGCCGGGAUCCUGAAGCUCCGGAACUCGGACAUCGAGCUGCGCAAGGGGGAGACGGACAUUGGCAGGAAGAACACUCGCGUGAGGCUGGUGUUCCGGGUGCACAUCCCGCAGCCCAGCGGCCGCACGCUGUCGCUGCAGGUGGCCUCCAACCCCAUCGAGUGCUCCCAGCGGUCGGCCCAGGAGCUGCCUCUGGUGGAGAAGCAGAGCGUGGCCAGCUGCCCCGUCCUGGGAGGGAAGAGGAUGGUCCUGUCCGGCCACAACUUCCUGCAGGACUCCAAAGUCAUCUUCGUGGAGAAAGCACCAGACGGCCACCACAUCUGGGAAAUGGAGGCGAAAACCGACCGAGACCUGUGCAAGCCAAACGCGCUGGUGGUCGAGAUACCGCCGUUUCGCAAUCAGAGAAUCACCAGCCCCGUCCAAGUCAGCUUCUACGUCUGCAACGGGAAGAGGAAGCGAAGCCAGUACCAGCCCUUCACCUACCUGCCUGCCAAUGUUCCAACCAUAAAAACAGAGCCCACCGAUGACUACGAGCUGGCCCUGACCUGCGGACCAAUGAGCCAGGGCCUGAGCCCGCUCCCGAAGCCCUGCUACAGCCAACAGCUGGCUCUGCCGCCCGACCCGGGGUCCUGCCUCGUGGCCGGCUUCCCGCCCUGCCUCCAGAGGAGCACCAUGAUGUCUCCGCCGCCCAGCACCAGCCCGAAGCUGCACGACCUGUCCUCCGCCCCCUACAGCAAGGGCAUGGCCAGCCCGGGCCACAGCCCCCUCGGACUUCAGCGGCCAGCUGCGGGGGUCCUCGCCGGCCCUGAGAUGCCCAGGCCCGUGGGUGUGCACCCCGGCUCCCCCCAGCAGCCGCCCCCAGCCCUGCUGCAGCCACAGGUGAGUCCACAGCUGAGCAGCAGCCGUCCCCCGGGUGGCCAGCCAGCACUCUGUCCCCACAGCCCCUCGACUGCACUGCCAUCCGGUACCCAAGAGCCGACCUGUUUGCAGUCCUGCAGCCCAACCCGCCCACCCGGGAUGGGCCACCAGCAGCACCAACUGCCGAAGGUUCCGGAAAAAGAGCCUGCAGCCGCCCGGCCUCUGCCGCUGCCCGAGGUGCGUGAGGACAGUAAUCAGGGUCUGGCCCCCACUCCCGUAUCGGUCAAGCGAGAGCCUCAGGAGUUGGACCAGCUGUACCUGGAUGACGUAAAUGAAAUAAUACGAAACGACCUCUCCAGCACCAGCACCCAUUCGUAGUUGGCAACAUCGGGACUCACUCAGGAGCCACAUGGUGUCGAUGGGUGACAGUGGAGGUUCAGCAUCCAGACUUCUGACUAAAUAAACUGAGCACAACUGGUACCACUCAGAACUUCCGACUUACUGAAGAUGUGUUAUACGUACAAAGAAGUAGCUCUUUAACAGGAAGGAGGGAAGGAGGGAGGGAGAGAGGGAAGGAAAGAAGGAAGGAAGGAAGGAAGGAAGGAAGGAAGGAAGGAAGGAAGGAAGGAAGGAAGGAAGGAAGGAAGGAAGGAAACUCCAUCUGCUGAAGGAAAAGUCAUCUCAAGAAGAAAAUAAAGGGUGGGCUGGAGUGAGCGUAGGAGACAGACUGUGUGACGGCACCCCCAUGGGAGUGACCCCUGUGGCAGCCUGACCCCAGUGCACCCUCGGGCACCCCUGGAUUUCAGUACUGGAAGUGCCUUAUUUAAUCCAACCACAGCAUCAGGGCAUCUUAGACGUAAGCAUUAAACUUGCCACCAGGAGAGUAUUUAUUGGAGCAAAGCUAUAAAAACAUUUCAUCAAGAGGCUUGAUCAAACUUUGCAAAAAGCAGGCGAACACUGGCAAGCGAGGCAUUUGUGAGGAAAACUGAGCGUUCGUUCCCUACUUUAUUUCAGCUUUUCCUGGGCGGCUGUGCUAUAUGAUUUUGUUGCCUUAUUCAGUGCAUUUUAGGGAUCUUCCAGUGUUUCAUCUCAGCUCUUUCAUAAUACCCUUCCCUCCCCUGUGUUCCUAAAACCAUAGGCUUGUCCAUUGUAGUAUGCUAGGAUUUCGUUUUUAAUCUGGCUUCGAAAUUAGCACAAGUAGGUUGAAUAGCAGAAGAUAGGUUACUGGACAAGAAAAGAAAUCUGUCACAGGACAGGUCUUGCAUUUGCAUGUAUGUACAUAUAUAGGCACAUAUUUAUGUAUAAAUAAGAAAUAGGUGGUCUGCGGUCUUGGCCCAGCAAGGGCUUCUGCGCCAGCAAUAACCAGCAUCAAACCUGGCUCUUCAGCUACUCCCACUGGGCCCGUCACCCCCGACAGGCCUACGUUUUUCUCGUCUCGUGCAGAUAACCGAGCACUUUAGGAGCCGGGGGAGGUGCGCUCAGAACACCCUGUGUUACCACAUGGUGAAAUUGGAAAGUGACUGUAAAUAACAUUAUGAAGGGAGUGUAAUAUAUUUGUUCGGCUAUAAGAUUAUUAUUUCACAGAAGCCUUAUAACUCUGCUUCAUGUAAGAAAAUAAUUACCAAAAACGUUUUAAUACGCGGCGAUUGUAGUAGGUUUCAGACUAGUUACUGUUAACAGAUAGGGUAGUGUAAGCUUUACUGCUGCAUUUUGUACCGUUAACAGCUUCUUACACAUUACUCCUAGCCACAAUUUAUUGUUUCACGUAACCAAAAAAAAAAAAAAAAAAAGCAUGGUUUAAUUAAAACAUGUUUAACCUGAUACUUGUGCCUUAGGAAGUUAUGCCCCCUCCUGGAACCUGCCUGAACUGCAGCCGCGAGUGCAGGCUGUAGGUCCUCAUUGAACCUAACGCGACGGUGGAGACUCUCCCACCGAAAAAGUUAUUUUUAAAACGUUCUUCUGUAUGAGUAUGUCUUACUUUUUUAACUCAACGAACAUGUGAAAGCCACAUUGGUCACAUGUGCACAUAUCGGUGAAGAAUUGAAGAUGUGUGGCUACGUGUGCGUACACACGGUCCUGCUCCCCGCAGGCGCCCCUCCUGCCUGUGACCCCAGAACCCGCCUCGCGUGUGGCAUCGUAGACUUGCAUGAAACACUUCUGAUGGAUGUCAUGUGGAAAGGGAAUGUUUGAUGUUUGCGUCCGCUAUCUCUGUAGUUAGGAAAUAGACCCAAUAAAGCAACACUUUCUCGCUGGA